GCUUAUCCGGUACUGUUGUCACAGGCAGAUAUCAAGAAAGCUUAUAAACGGGCAUCCAUCAAGUAUCAUCCUGAUAAAAACCCGGCAGGCUUGGAAAUGAUGAAGGCAAUCAAUGAAGCAUAUGAAACGCUUCGCAAGGUUGAUAAGGAUGUCACUUUCGACGAUUCCGACGAUGCAAGCCCGUAUGAUUACUCGGAAAAACUUAAUGAUUUCCUAAUGGCAAUAGUGGACUUGAUCGGCCUUGAGAUUGAAGUUUGUGGGAAUUGGGUAUGGAUAACGGGCGACACAAAACCACACAAGGACUUUUUAAAAGACUUGGUUGCAAGUGGGCUAAAAAGAAAAAAGCAUGGUAUUUCAGACCGGAGGAAUGGAAAUCAUUUAACCGAAAAAGCCUAUUCAAUGGAUGAGAUACGCGCAAAGCAAAGCAUGGAUCCUCAACUGUGA